GGACACGCACGUGUGACGUGCACAGGCUUCCUAUUAAUGCGCACACAACGAAAAUACAGAGUGUAGUGUCUGUGUCUCUCCCUUUCACAUUUAAGCCGCAAUCAUCAUGGCUUCUUCAGCUCAAAAGCAACACCAACACCUGCCAAAAAUCUACAGCACCACCUCAGCUCCACCACCAACGCCCUCGUCUCACACCCACCACGUCACCUCAGCCGCCGACGCUGAUGCUCUCUCCCGCCUCCUCCACCGCCUCCCUCCUACCCUUUCCCUUCCUACUCGUCGCUCUACUCCUGCCACCUCUCCCCCUGUCGUCUCCCUCUCUGACCCAAACUCUAGCGAUCUCCUCCUCUCUGCCUCUUCUCAACUCGGCUUCUUUCAAGUCACCGAUCAUGAUAUACCUUCUCAGAUAGCUAAAUCCUCCGAGUCGGAAUCGCUCUCUCUCUUUCAGCUCACUAGAGAUAAAAAAGAAUCGUACUUCCCCGAGAACUGGCCUUUGGGUUUUGAAGAUGAUGAAGAUGGAAAGAGUGAGUCGUUUUGGCUGGACGCAAACUGUUCCCCUGGAUCAACCGAGUUGAAGUUAUCUUCUCUGCACGAGUUAACUCGGGCUUUAGAGAAAGUUGGGCUGGAGAUUAUUGAAAUGCUUUCUCGCGAGGUGGGAUUUGAGAACCCGUUAAAGGAAGAUCCGACCCGAAUUUGUUCAUUAAUGUUGGUUCACGAGGGCUCAUACGAGGAUAAACCAGCUAUAUCGGGUGGGUUUUAUCCAUAUAUAGUUGGGUUACAAUAUCAAAUCCGGAGCCACAAGUAUUCGUUGCUGGCGGAUUCGGGUUGGGUUGCUGUGCAGCCUCAAGCGGACUCGGUUAUGGUCACCGUAGGCGACAUUGCUCAGGUGUGGAGCAAUGGGAGAUUGAAGAAAGUAAGAGGAAGACCACUGGCUUGCAUGGGAGAAGGCAAAAAUUCAAGCUCCAUAUCAAUGACAUUACUUGUGACUCUUCCUACAGAAAGCACAGUGUCACCCCUUCUUCCUAAGCCAAUUAUAAAUGAAGAAAAUGCCAAUAAUGAAAGUGAAGUUGCAGAAGAAGUUGAAGAAGCAAGCCAUGGCAUUGGCAGUAACAGCAAGGAGGAAGGGAGAUUGUUUAGCUCAUUUUCUUUUGAAGACUAUGCUUGGAGAGUCUAUCAUGAGCCUCUCCUCUUGAAAGACCCACUUGAUAAAUACCGUAUAAUUAAUUAGCUAGAUUAUUUUCAUUCUCUCUCUCACACACAUUCUUUUCUUAGUUAAUUUUUUUUCUUCUUUUUAUGAAUUUGGAAUUGCUAUAUUCCUUUUUUAUUUGCUUGCUUUUUGUUAUUUUUUCAUUUGGGUGAUAUUUAAUUUAUUUUCUGAUUUUAUGUUAAAUGAGAUUAGAUGUUCAAUCA